AUGUUUUCCGUCGACGUAGGAGGAGACAGGACUACAGGAGUAAGGCACUUAGGUAAGGAUCUGGAGACGUGUCGAUUUCGAUCGCAGAGCGGCAGCCGAUCUACAACCUCCAUCGAUACCUACCACGGUCUUAGAGAAAACCAGCAAAACAACCACAGCUUUGUGUUUCAUCGUGCCCUACCCCAUCUCCUCCAUCCCCUAUCCCUAAAUCUCCGAAACCCUAAUCCCCUAAUGGCCAGCAACGCACUCUCUACUUUAAGACCCACGGUACUAAAUUUCCUUACAUUCAAUGAUGACCCUUAA